UAUACUCUAUUCCACCUAAGACUGAACCGCUCGGACGACCAAAACUCGUUUUCUUUGCGCAUCCCCACCACAAAACGUUCGCCGCCGCGAUCUUCGGUUUCGGUCGUUACGAACAGCAGCUGUCUACGUAGUGAGCUGUAUUGACACACUACCACUUGUUUGAUUACACUCGCGCGCACAUGUUCACAUUUGUAUUUAUUACAUUUAUUUGAUUGGCUGUUAUUAUUUUCCUUAGUGAUUUUUUUUUUUUUUUUGUUCAUAUAUUUUUUUUAUUAAUUAAUUACCAUGGACCCACCACAAACUGUAAGCCGUUCACCAAUUAAAAAAAAUCCACCAGGAAAGCGAGUAGAUUCUGGCAAGAGACAAAUGAUUAUUAAUGCGUACAAGGCAAAAAUCAAUGUGGAUCCGACAAAGUCUUUAAGAACAAUCCGGCAAGAACUUUCUAAAGAAUUGGCCAUUGGAGCAACAACAAUUUCAACAACCAUAACCGAGUACAACACUACUAAAAGGGUAAUAUCUCCUUCCAAAACACGUGUUAAGAAAACAUUUCGUGAAACAUUUGAUGAGUUUCAUAGAAAUGCGGUUCGUAGGCAUGUACAUAGUUUUUGGUUUAAACGUGAAAUUCCUACUGUCGACAAAAUACACCAUGCAGUUUCGAAUGACAACUCCUUACCGACAAUUUCAAGGACAAAUCUUUAUAGGCUUUUAAAAGAAAUGGAUUUCAAAUAUAGCAAACGUAGUCGAAAUAGUGCACUGACAGAAAAAACUGAAAUUGUAUUGUGGCGUAGACGGUUUCUUGAACAACUGCGUAAAUACCGAGACGAGGGUCGACAUUUGUAUUACCUGGACGAGACCUGGGUAAAUGCUGGCGAAUGCACUAGUAAGACAUGGGUCGAUACAACAAUAGAAUCCCCCCGAGACGCAUUUUUAGAAGGCCUUUCAACUGGUGCCGUAAAUCCAUCAGGAAAAGGCAAACGCCUGAUUGUACUACACAUAGGUUCAGAAGACGGCUUUGUUCCCGGCGCAUUGCUAUGUUUCGAGUCCAAAAAAAACACCACAGAUUAUCACGACGAAAUGAAUGGGGAGACAUUUUAUGAAUGGAUGGAGGGUGUAUUGCCACGUUUAAAAGAGAACUGCGUGAUAAUCAUGGACAAUGCAUCAUAUCAUUCUAUGAAGCUGGAUAAAGCACCGUCGUCGCAGACCAGAAAGGCUGAUAUUAUAAAAUGGUUGGAGGAUAAAGGCGAGGUUAUAGACAAACCUAUGUGUAUACCACAACUUCUGGACAUUGUGAAAAGAAUCAAACCACGGCAUCAGAAAUACGUAAUUGACGAAUUGGCCAAAAAACAUAACCGUGAUGUACUUCGACUACCUCCAUAUCAUUGCGAGCUGAAUCCCAUAGAAAUGGUUUGGUCAUCUGUAAAAAGGUACGUACGGAUGAACAAUACAACAUAUAAAUUACAGGAUGUCAAAAAUUUAUUAAUUGAGGGCAUCGAACGUGUGGAUGCAGACAUGUGGAAGAAUUAUAUAAGUCACACGAAGAAAGAGGAGGACAAAUUUUGGGAAAUUGACUUCGUCGUAGACGAUGUUUUGUCUGCAGAGUUGGAAUCGGUAACUUUGACAAUUGGAGAUACAUCAUCAGACGAAUCCUCCGACAUCGAUUCUGACUAAUUUUUUGUAUUAUAUUGACGUGUACGUAGUACAAUUUUUAAUUUUUUUUUAUUUGUAUUAUAUUAUAUUGACAUUUACAAUUUUUAAUUUUUUUUUAUUUGUAUUAUAUUAUAUUGACAUUUACAAUUUUUAA